CGCUGCAGGUUUUCGACAUUUUGCUCAGCAGGAAGAGAAGGGCGGAGGUCUGUUUCGUUAUCAGCGACUCAAACCGCCUCAUGUUCUUCAGUUUUUACUGACCUGCCUGAAAAGAUUUCGACGAGUGAGUUUUUAUUGAUGUGAUCAUCGAUACUCUGUCACUCCUGUAUUGAUCAGUGGACAUGGGUCGGUCUGUGGUUCUCGGAGCGCUGCUGCUGCUGCUGGUGGCUAACGUUAGCUUCACUCAGGCCCAGACUGUGAAGUACAUCAGGGUUGGUGGCACACUUCAGCUCAGCCCUCAGCAGGUCUCUGAAAAGAUCUACAGCGUCGUGUGGAAAUACGGCAAGAACCUGCUGGCUGAGUGGGUGAAAGACCAGAUUCCUCUGACAUAUUACAGCAAGUUUAAAGGCCGGACCACUCUGAACAAUGACACGGGAAUGUUGGAGACCAGGAGCAUGACUGCGGAGGACAAUGGACUGUAUUCAGUGGAGAUCAACAACCAGGUCCAGAGUCAGGUUCAUAAGAUUGUGGUGAUCGAGGAUGUGCCGCAGCCUGAGGUGGCACCGAAGCCGCUGGUAUGUAGCCCAGCCUCAAAGAGAUGUGAACUGGUGUGUGAGGGAGACGUUAGCAAAGCCGGGCCUGUCGAGUACUUCUGGAAGGAGAUAGAAGGAGGUAAAGGAGAGUGGGCAAGGUCUGAAGAGAACACCGCGGAGAUCAUCAUUGAUGCGGAAACACAGCAUGUGGAAACUUUCUCCUGUAGAAUAAAGAAUCAGUUUAGUGAGAAAGACAGCGAAGCCUUUAAAAAUCCUUUCUACCAGGAGAAAAAGACCGACCCGACACCUUCACUUAAGACAUGGGCGGUUGUGCUGAUUGCUUUAUUCGUAACCCUAUUAGUAGUUGUAGGUCUACUUUUACUCCUCUACCAUACUUUGGAAUCAUUCAAGAACAAGGUUGAUUCUUGUUUGCCCUGCAAGGAACGAGCAGUUACAGCGGAAACAACAACUGUUUAUACCGCUGUUGCUGCUACGAACGGAGGGGCUGAACAGCCAAAGAAGGACGAGAGCACUGAACCAAAAAAUGAUCCCAAAACAAAAGAAAAUGAAUGAAAUGAGAAAUGUUUGAUUUCCACAGCUGCCUGCAUCUGGAGAGAGAAGGAAAAUAAUCCCACAGUGUACAAACUGUCAGUUUAUGAAGAAGUAAUGUGUCUUCAUACUGAAGUAAUACCAUCACAGCUGGGAAGUACAGUUACAAGAUAUGUGUGUAUAAAAGUGUUCUUAAGGUGGAUCCGUCCUGCUCAUGUUUAUUCUCUGAAUCUUUUAUGGUGGCUUUGCAUGAUUCACAGGUCAAUAAUAAUCCUUUAUGUACUAACAGCCCUUCACUUCAUCCUCUGCCUGAAACAAGCAGACUAGCUCGUGUCCACAUCCACCUUUUUUACACGUAUGAUAAAAGCAGAAUAGAUCCACUCUGAAAUAUAAGAUUAUGACAAUGCCAGAACAGUAAAAAUGUGAUGUUUGAGUUCAGUGAUGUUGUUGUGAGGCAAUCAUUUAAUCAUGAACGUGUACAUUGCUGUGUUAAGGCCUCUGAAUGAUAACUUACAUUGACUGAGAUGUCAUGUUUUCUUUCUUUGUAAAUGUGUGCUGUUGUUAGCUUUGUUUUUAGCAUAUUUUAGCAGCUUCAUCCUUGAGGACAAACAUGUGCAGAACUGUUUCAGAAAGUGGAAAAGGACGUUUGUGAUGUGCACGUGCAGCGGUCACAUGUUAUGGAGACAAAGUGAGAAAAAUGUGCCUUUUAAUGUCGCGUCACAGCCGUGGGGGCUGAAGGGCACACUGGACUCACACUGUGUUGGAUCACUCGUGUGUAAAUCCACCCUGGAGCUCUGCUUCUCUGCACCUGAGAGGAUGGAGGACGUUUUAUGAAGCGCAUCUCACAAUCAUGUACUCCUGUAAUGCCUUAUGAGUGAGACGUGGCUCUACACUCUGUGCUGUCCUUUUUACUUUUUUUAAAGUUUGUUUUUAAAGCACUGCACGGGCGAAUUUUCUUGUUUCUUCCGACUCUGUCAUAUCAGCUUCUUUACACAUUGGCAGUUUGAUUAUUUAUUAGAAACUGUGGUGCCUUUCAAAAUAAACCUGGCAGUGCUA